GAUUUGACAAGCAAUCUAGAAAGUAUUGGACCAGUCAACCGCAACAGUGAUGCCUUCCAACAAGUAUUCAGCUGCUAUCAUGGAGGAGAGCAAAAAGAUGACUGCCACUGCGGCGGUGAAUGGAGACAUGCCUCCAGCCGAGGGCCUAUCAGAGAAUGACAGUGGCAUGGAGCUGACCAGUGAGAAAAGUCCGCUGACUGCAGCGGAACCGCCCUCCCCCUUUAGUCCAAAACAAAACGGAGAUGCCGCUUCACCUCAAGAUGAUAACAAGUGUUCUAGGGGAAGCAGGAAGAGGGCCAGGAAGAGGUCAGAGGAAGAGGACAGCAGCUGGGACUCCUCCUACAGCGAGAAGUCUUCAGGGGAAUCGGGAGUGUCUCCGUCUGGUUUGAGGCAGACGCCUCAGCCCAGAUCAAUCUUCCAAGCUGGGGCGAAACAGAAACAGACACAGAAACAGACACAGACACAGACACAGACACAGAAUAAAACCCGCAGACACAGCCGCAACUCUCAGGUGUCCGUGGUCGUACCCAGUGGCGUUCCUGAGGGCCCCAGUCUGGAGCUGAUGGAACAAGACUCCAAAGACUCAGCCCGGAGCACCAGCACCUCCUCCAGCUUCGAAACCCAGCCUGAGUACAAGGAUAACAAGGGCUUCGGUAUCGGCGAGCUGGUGUGGGGGAAGAUCAAAGGUUUCUCUUGGUGGCCUGGCAUGGUAGUGACAUGGCGCGCCACCGGCAAACGGCAGGCCACCCACGGCAUGAGAUGGCUGCAGUGGUUCGGAGAUGGCAAGUUCUCUGAGGUUUCAGCAGACAAGCUGGACUCCAUCACGGCUUUCCCCAAAUUCUUCAGCCAAACCUCCUACACCAAGCUGGCUUCCUACCGUAGGGCCAUCUUCCAAGCCCUCGAGAUGGCCAGUAUCCGGGCAAAGAAGACAUUCCCCCCCUGUGAUUCAGAUGCUCCAGAUGACCAGAUCAAACCCAUGCUGGACUGGGCCAACAAAGGCUUCCUGCCCAAGGGCGAGGAAGGACUCAAACCCACGCACAAUGCUGCUAGUAACCCGCUGGACAAGCAGGUUCUGGACGUAUCUGUGCCGGAGUACUUCCCUGUUGCCAAGAGACCAAGAGUCAAUAUAUGUAAGAGCAAGGCCGCCCCAGAGGAGACUUACAGCAGAGAACAAAUGGUGAAUGAAGUCCUGAAGAAUAAAAGAAGUAUAGAAGAGUUCUGCCUCUCCUGUGGAAAGAUGAAGGCAGCUACCUUUCACCCGCUGUUUGAAGGAGGCCUAUGCCAAACAUGCAAGGAUGUGUAUCUGGAGAUCUCCUACAUGUAUGAUGAUGAUGGUUACCAGUCCUAUUGUACCGUGUGCUGUGGAGGCCGGGAGGUUCUGCUCUGUGGAAACACCAACUGCUGCAGGUGUUUCUGUGUGGAUUGUCUGGAUAUUCUGGUGGGCCCCGGUGCAUCUAACAAUGCCCGCCACCUGGACCCCUGGCGUUGCUACAUGUGCCAGCCGCUGCUGCAGUACGGGGUCCUGAAGCGACGACAUGACUGGUGCUUCAAACUGCAGGAGUUCUUCGUAAACGACAAUGGACAGGAAUUUGAGAAACCAAAGAUUUACCCAGCAGUCCCUGCAGAUCAGAGACGGCCAAUCAAAGUCCUCUCUUUGUUUGAUGGCAUCGCCACUGGCUACCUGGUCCUAAGGGACCUGGGUUUUAAGGUAGACCAGUAUGUGGCGUCGGAGGUGUGUGAGGACUCCAUCUCGGUGGGCGUAGUCAGACAUGAAGGAAAGAUCCAGUACGUCCACGACGUCAGGAACAUCACCAGGAAAAACAUUGACGCGUGGGGCCCGUUCGACCUUGUGAUUGGUGGAAGUCCCUGCAACGACCUGUCAAUCGUCAACCCGGCCAGGAAGGGUCUCUACGAAGGUACAGGACGAUUGUUCUUUGAGUUUUACCGCCUGCUGAGUGAGGCCAAGCCUAAAGAAGGAGAAGACCGCCCCUUCUUCUGGAUGUUUGAAAACGUGGUUGCCAUGGGUGUCAAUGACAAGAGAGAUAUUUCACGAUUUCUUGAGUGUAACCCGGUGAUGAUUGAUGCCAUCGAGGUGUCUGCUGCCCACCGUGCCCGCUAUUUCUGGGGUAACCUGCCUGGCAUGAACAGCAGGCCUCUUUGUGCCACUGGAAUGGACAAACUGCAGCUACAGGACUGUCUGGAGCAUGGGAGAGUUGCUAAGUUUGGGAAGGUGCGUACCAUCACUACUCGUUCCAACUCCAUCAAACAAGGGAAGGAUCAACACUUUCCUGUCAUGAUGAACGGGAAGGAGGAUAUCCUCUGGUGUACUGAGCUGGAGAGGAUAUUUGGUUUCCCUGUUCACUACACAGAUGUGUCCAACAUGGGUCGUGGUGCCAGACAGAAAUUACUGGGCCGGUCCUGGAGUGUCCCUGUUAUCAGACACCUUUUUGCACCACUCAAAGACUACUUUGCCUGUGAAUAG